CUAUUCCCUUGGUAGUAAACCAUCUCACGGCCCUUCAAAUUCCCUCUUUGACCAUGAACAAAAUCUAAAGUUUCCGGCGACGAUGUCAUGGCCAACGACAAUCCCACCGCCCGACGACCCGCCCAAGGGAGUCCCCAGCAGGCCCGAGAGAGCCAUGCGGAGGAAGAAUCCGAAGGCCUCCUGUCCGAGGUGACACACGAGCAACGACGCCAGAGUCCUUUCCAGGAGAAACCAUCAGUGCCGAGGAGACAGUCGGCGAUCGCACAACCGCGAGUCGACGGCACCCCGAGAACACAAAACCGCGUGCGAUUCGACGUGAUCGAACCUCCGCCACGAACCGGACAGAUCACCACCGGCGCGGCGCACGCGGAGGAUAACUGGCUAGACGAGGAGGAUUACCUGAAUGACAACGAUGGCUCCAGGGAAGGUUCGGGCCAGCGAGCGCCUCUGUUGACGGACAUCCAAGCGCCCAGCGUGGCACUGGCCAACGACCUCUCCUUCAACGCGGAAGAUUUGCUCGAAUCGGCGCGCCCGAAGAGCGGGCUGAGCAGCGCGUUCAUGAACAUGGCCAACAGCAUCAUCGGGGCGGGGAUCAUCGGACAGCCGUAUGCGUUCAAGCAGGCCGGCCUGCUCACGGGCAUCACCCUGCUGAUCGUGUUGACCGUCACGGUGGACUGGACGAUCCGCCUGAUCGUGACGAAUUCCAAACUCAGCGGGGCCAACUCUUUCCAGGCGACGAUGGAGCAUUGUUUUGGGAAAUCGGGCCUGGUCGCGAUUUCGAUCGCGCAGUGGGCGUUUGCGUUUGGGGGCAUGAUUGCCUUUUGUAUCAUUAUCGGCGACACGAUCCCGCAUGUUUUGACGGCGGUCGUUCCGGGUUUGGACGACCUGCCGGUGUUGUGGCUGCUCGCGGAUCGACGGGCGAUCAUUGUGCUUUUUGUAUUAGGGAUCUCAUAUCCCCUCUCACUCUAUCGAGACAUCGCUAUGCUCGCCAAAGCCAGCACUCUGGCGUUAAUCAGCAUGAUCAUCAUCAUAUCCACCGUCAUGAUAGAAGGUCCCAUGAUGCCUUCCGAAUUACGCGGACAGCUACGAGGCAGUCUGCUCAUCAACGACGGCGUCUUCCAGGCGAUUGGAGUCAUCUCCUUCGCCUUCGUCUGUCAUCACAACAGCCUCCUCAUUUACGGAUCCCUCAAAACCCCCACGAUGGAUCGCUUCGCCAGAGUGACUCAUUGGUCGACGGCCAUUUCGAUGGUUGCAUGUCUCGGCAUGGCGCUCGCGGGAUACCUUUCAUUCGGCGACAAGACGCAGGGGAACGUGCUGAACAAUUUCCCGACCAAGAACAUCAUGGUCAACAUCGCACGGCUCCUCCCCGACAUGCAUCCACAAAACGACGAUCUGACGAAAGCCCGUCCUCGCAGCUGCUUCGGCCUGAAUAUGCUCACGACCCUGCCGCUCGAAUGUUUCGUCUGCCGCGAAGUCAUGACGGAAUACUACUUCCCGCACGAACCCUUCCAGCCCAACCGCCACCUGAUCUUCACGACGUCGCUGAUCCUCAGCGCCAUGGGCAUGGCGCUCAUCACCUGCGACCUGGGGAUCGUCUUCGAACUCGUGGGCGCCACCAGCGCGUGCGCCCUGGCCUAUAUCCUCCCGCCGCUGUGCUUCGUCAAGUUGACCAAGAAGACAUGGCGCGAGAGCUGGGAGGUCAGCGCCGCGUACGCGUGUAUCGGGUUCGGGGGCGUGGUCAUGGCGAUUAGCCUGUGGCAAUCGGGGAUGAAGAUCCUCUCGGGGGAGAGCGGCGGGGGGACAUGUUCAUGA